ACACCACAAAAUCAGAUUGUUUCAUAACCAAAAUAUCCUCACCAAAGCAUCUAUGGUCCACCACUUGAACCUAAACAUCAAUUUCAUCUUCUACAAUCAAAGAACUGCAUUUUCUAAACCAGAACAAACCUCAACCAAAGUGAAAGUAAUAAAAACAUGGCCACUUUCACUUCUAUCACUCAGCACCAAUCAAUCUCAUCUUCAUUAUACCAAAAAUUUCAUGAUUCAACACAUCUUUACUCCUCAAUAUCUAGUCAAUCAUCCUCUUUAAUGGUCAGAUUAGGAAGAACUCCGACGGGUAGUUUACACUACCGCGGCUCACCAAUGGGAUUAAGCAUCCGAAAUGCAGCAACUAAACCUGCUAAAUCACCAGCUGAAGAAGAGUGGAAGGUAAAACGUGAAGUUAUGCUGCAGAAGAAGGUAAGAAGUGUGGAUGUGAAAGAAGCUCUGCGUCUGCAGAACGAGAAUAACUUUGUGAUUCUCGAUGUACGGCCAGAGGCAGAAUUUAAAGAGGGGCACCCACCAGGAGCAAUUAAUGUGCAAGUAUAUAGGCUUAUAAAGGAGUGGACAGCAUGGGACAUCGCCAGGCGAGCUGCAUUUGCAUUUUUUGGCAUCUUUUCUGGCACAGAAGAAAACCCUAACUUUAUACAAGAGGUUGAAUCAAAAAUAGACAAAAAUGCCAAAAUUAUAGUGGCCUGCUCAGCUGGGGGCACUAUGAAACCCACCCCAAAUCUUCCUGAAGGUCAACAAUCAAGGUCACUAAUAGCAGCAUACUUGCUUGUCCUCAAUGGAUACAAGAACGUCUUCCAUCUAGAGGGUGGUCUUUACAAUUGGUUCAAAGAAGAUCUGCCAGCAGUUGCAGAAGAAUAAUGUGCAAGUAAAGAAGAAAAUUGAUAAAGCAUGACGUUAUGAGGGAAUUGAUUUUGUACGUGUGGUAGAUAUCUUAUGUGUAUAAACGAUGAGUUCGACUUACAUAGAGGUGCAGUUUAUCUUCUUCAGAGUGA